CCCCUCACUGUUGCAGCCGGAGGAGGAUUCUCAGAAGUUUGCAGAGUGCUCAUUUCCGGCGGCGCAAAGGUGGAGCAUGCAACUGCACGCGGCAAUACUCCUCUCUUGUUCGCAGCCGGUGGCGGGCAUGUGGACUGUGCUAUCAUUCUGAUUCGUCAUGGAGCCAACGUGAAUGCGCAGAAUGCAGACGGAGAGGCUCCUCUGCAUCGGGCUGUGAAGGAAGGACACGUGAAGAUGGUGAACCUGCUGCUAGACAAGGGAGCAGACAAGACGAUCAAGAACAAGGGAGGUCAGACGCCGGUGCAGAUUGCAGACAGGAGCAAGAAGAUGGACAUUGUGAAUGCUCUA